AACGAGGCCCAGUUGUUGUUUCUAGUGUUGUUGUUGCUAUUCUAAGAUACCUUCAACCAAAAUGGCGCUGUGUAUCGUGAUUCGAAGACAGUCUCGGGCAAAAGCUUCGUUCAGUUAUUCGUUGUCGCGUCUUUUAACAAGAUGCGUACCAAACAAUAGUCGAAAUGCCCACUCUGCCAUUGUUAUUGGAUGCCAUGACAACCUGGUUCUGAGUGAUGUUGGCAAGGCAAUAGAUGAACAGUGUGGAGGAAAAAUUUCAGAAUUGUUGAAAAUAUCAAAUUUCAAAGCAAAGCCCGGCAAGACUAGAGUUUUUCAUGGCUUGCAUAAGGAUUUUCCUUGUAUUGCUGUUGCUGGCAUUGGGGCAGAAAAGGCAGCUGCAAAUGAGCUUGAAGCUCUUGAUGUGCAAAAGGAGAAUGUGAGAGUAGGGAUUGGAGCUGCUGUAAACCAGCUUCAAACUUUGGAGGUUGAACAUGCUGAAGUAGACCACUGCUCACAACCUACAGCUGCAGCCGAAGCAGCCACUCUAUGCUCAUACAAAUUCGACCAUUUGAAGACAAAAAAGAAAAAGAAGGAGCCAUUGAAAUUUGUUCUUUCUAAAAGAGACAAAAGUGCAACAGAUCAUAACGAUGCUUGGUCUAGAGGAGUUAUAAUGGCAGAUUGUCAAAACUUUGCAAGAUAUUUGAUGGAACUUCCAUCAAACUACAAGACCCCUAGAAAACUUGCUGAUAUCGUGGUGGAAAGGCUUGCACCUUGCAAAGGAAUUGAGGUCGUUAUAAGGGAUAAAGAAUGGAUGGAAAAGAAAAAGAUGGGCUGCUUUUUAGGAGUUGCACAAGGUUCCACAGAGCCCCCCGUCCUUGUCGAAAUCAAAUACUCUGGGCCAGCGGACAAAACUGUUGCAGUUGUUGGCAAAGGUGUCACAUUUGAUACCGGCGGGAUCUCGAUAAAACCUUCAGCGAAGAUGUCAGAAAUGAAAGGAGACAUGGGUGGGGCUGCCUGCACAGUGGCCAGCAUUGAAGCAGCCUGUCGUUUAGGGUUGAACCUCAAUAUCGUAGGUCUUAUGGCAUUAACUGAAAACAUGCCUUCGGGGAAUGCCAUAAAACCUGGAGAUGUUUUGACGGCAAUGAAUGGUAAAACGGUUGAGGUGGACAACACAGAUGCUGAAGGAAGAUUGAUUCUAGCCGAUGCAUUGGUAUAUGCUGACUCGUUUAAGCCCAAACGCAUCAUUAAUCUCGCUACGUUGACAGGUGCUAUGAGAAUCGCUCUCGGUGCUGGGGCAGCGGGUACCUUCACAAACAGUAAUUCCUUAUGGAAUGUUUUGAAUGAGGCAGGGUUCAUUAGUGGCGAUAGGCUUUGGAGAAUGCCUCUCUUUGAAUUAUAUUCAAAAGAAAUGGAUUGCAGCCUAACUGCAGACUUACGAAACACUCAGAAGACAGCAGGCUCUGCUGGCUCCUGCACUGCGGCUGCAUUUUUAAAGGAAUUUGUAACGGUUGAUCACUGGGCUCAUAUCGACAUAGCAGGUGUGAUGACGUCAGCCGGAGAAGUCCCGUAUCUUGGUAAAGGAAUGACAGGUAGGCCAACAAGAACACUUGUAGAAGCCCUGGAAAUUUUGUCUAGAUGACAAUAAUAAACCUAGUUUUAUGGCAAAUUUGUAGAAAUUAUUGAAUUAAAAAUGAAUUUGUUUU